CUACAGAGAAUGUUUAAUGGGGCUAGGGUUGAAUCUUGGACGUGUGUGAACUUCUCAUCGCUAAGGAAGGAAUAACGAGGCUUCCAAUUUCUGUGACCGUUUGCUUAACAUGUGUGUUAGGAAAGGGAUGGAUUUUUGCUCGACGCCAUUAUUACCCAUCUCUUCAGCACAUCCUGGCCAAAUUGAAAAGACUCUUUCGGAUAUUCAUUCCCAGUCUGUUGAACGUCUUAGGAGCCUAGGACAUACCGGGAAACAUCUUCAGUUGUUAAUUAUUAUUUUACCUGAUAUCACUGGGAAUUAUGGAAGGAUAAAGCGUGUGUGUGAAACUGAGCUGGGAAUUGUCUCCCAGUGUUGUCAGCCAGCCCAUGCAAGCUGUGAAAUGCAAAGAACAGUAUCUUGAAAAUGUUGCAUUGAAGAUCAAUGUUAAGG